AUGAAUCACGAUACUUUCUCCUCCCUGAAAUUUCGGCGGACCUCAAGCAAGCUUCACAAAGAUUCCCCUAGCUUUACCUCUCGCAUCCUCAAGAGCCAGCAGUCCAAUACCACGUCCUUGAAACGACACCCCUCCGCCCCCGUCUAUCCGCGUUCCAAUAGCACCCCCGGUCGAGACCACCACACUCGCACCCGCUCCAACGCCUACGGGUCCUCCUCGUCCUCCUCCCUCGACCAGCACAGCGCCGGUCCCUCGCCCGCCCCCUCCAGCAACGACUUGGCUCACGCGCCUCCCCAUCACGCCGCCGCCGCCUCCCAACAACAACCAUCCCGUCCUCCCCACUCCGGUCGCUUCUCCCUGCAGACCCCCAGUUCCGAUGAAUUGACUAGUUCCCCCUUCGACUCCCGGGGCAUGCUCACCGCGUUGGAUGAGAACAGCGCCGAAUUCGAUCGUCCCGCCUCGUCCACCCGUCCGCCGCUCCCCCCCUCCCUGACCACCUCCGACACGCGGGGGCUCCGUCAAUCCGCCAGCUUUACCGCCCUACACAACCGGAUGGACGCCUUCGUCCACCGCAACGACCAGGACCGCUCCACCCCCCCCACCAACCGGUACUCCGAUGAGGCCGGGGGGCCCCGGACCGGGCGGAGCAAGAAGGCCAGCUUCUCCAGCUUCGUCAACAGCAUGCUCGGCUCGCCCAGAGGCAUCAAGAUCUCCGCCCCCGAGAAUCCCGUCCAUGUCACCCACGUCGGCUAUGACAACCGGACCGGCCAGUUCACGGGCCUGCCCAAGGAGUGGCAGCGCCUGCUGCAGGAGAGCGGCAUCUCCAAGAAGGAGCAGGAGGAACAUCCCCAGACCAUGGUCGACAUCAUGCGCUUCUACGAGAAGAACGCCCGGGGCGAUGACGAGGUCUGGCACAAGUUCGACCACGCCUACCCCCAGCAUCAGGUCGUGACGAGCCCCGCCCAGAUUGACCCCGUCGGCGCCGCCGCCUACGCCGCCGCCAACCAGCAGCGGACCUCGCCGCCCACGAGCCCCCGGUUCCCCCAGAAUCACGAGGGCAGCUUCGAGAACCCCGGGCCCCGCCACCGAUCCCCCGCGGCGGCGGCGGCGGCGGCGGCGGCGGCGGCGCCUCUCCGCCCACCGUGCCCGCGAUCCCCGCAGCCGCCCACCGCCGCCCCACAGAUGUCGGCCACCAUGACCCGACCGCCCGACGCGUAUCCCGCUCCCUUCAACGCCCCGGCCAUCCCCAUGAUCCCCGAGACGGAGCCCUUGGCGUCCGAGCCGCACCGCGCCCGGUCGCCGCCCCCGACGACCACCCCCACCGCCACCGGGGCGCCCUACGGGCCGCCGCCCGUGGUGGCCACGCCGACGCAAUACCAGCAGCAGCAGGAACAUGCCAUGGCCGCGGCCCAGCAGGCGCUGGCCAGCAAGCAGCUCGAUCGGAGUCGCAGCCAGCGCCAACAGGCGCCCGCGCGGCCCGACCAGAAGCCGGCCGCCGCCGCCGCCGCCGACGACCCCGCCGUGCAGGCCGCGCAGCGCGCGCCCGCCGCCCGGCCCCGGCAACGGCCCCGCCAGAGCACCGCCAUGGACGUGCGCGCCCGCCUCAACUCCAUCUGCACCCCGGGCGACCCGACCAAGCUGUACCGCAACCUGAACAAGAUCGGCCAGGGCGCCUCGGGCGGCGUCUACACCGCCUACACCAACGGCGCCCACGACUGCGUGGCCAUCAAGCAGAUGAACCUCGACCUGCAACCCAAGAAGGAACUCAUCAUCAACGAGAUCCUCGUCAUGAAGGACAGCAAGCACAAGAACAUUGUCAACUUCCUGGACAGCUACCUCCACGGGUUGGAUCUCUGGGUCGUGAUGGAGUACAUGGAGGGCGGCAGUCUGACGGAUGUCGUCACCUUUAACAUCAUGAGUGAAGCCCAGAUCGCCGUGGUCUGUCGAGAAACCCUCAGUGGCUUGCAGCACCUCCACUCCAAGGGUGUCAUCCACCGUGACAUCAAAUCCGACAACAUUCUCCUUGCGAUGGAUGGCAAUAUCAAGCUGACCGAUUUUGGUUUCUGUGCCCAGAUCAAUGACUCGCAGAACAAGCGCAACACCAUGGUCGGUACCCCGUACUGGAUGGCCCCCGAGGUCGUUACACGCAAGGAGUACGGCCGCAAGGUGGACAUCUGGAGUCUCGGGAUCAUGGCCAUCGAGAUGAUCGAGGGCGAGCCGCCGUAUCUCACCGAAUCGCCGCUGCGGGCGCUGUAUCUGAUUGCCACCAACGGCACCCCGACCAUCAAGGAUGAGCACCAGCUGUCGCCGGUCUUCCGCGAUUUCCUGCAUCUGGCGCUGAAGGUUGAUCCGGAGAAGCGCGCCUCGGCCCAUGAUUUGCUCAAGCACCCGUUCAUGUCCCUGUGUGCGCCACUGUCGCAUCUCUCCCCGCUCGUGAAAGCCGCCCGGGUCAGCCGGGCCCAGGAAAAAGCCCAGAAGGGUGGACACUGA